UUUUUCGGUCUACUGCUGAUGCACGAAUUUUCUAAAUCAUAAACACUUAACACCACAGGGAUUGUCCUUUGUUUUCGUCGUCCACCUCUUUUCUUUCUUCUCGUUUUUUUUCCACUUCACUGGUAUAACACUAACACACGAACAAGAGCUGGGAGAAACAAACAAUACAAUACAUUAAUUAUGAUAUAGGCCAACAUGCAUAGACUCGGGAAGCUGAAGUUGAAAGCAUUAUAGCAGAUACCAACCUCAGUCGUGUCCAUGGGCACUAAAUGUAAAAUAACAUAAAUAAAUUAACCCCCAAAAAUAUUUAAAAAUUUCUUCUGGCGGUCUCUUCACUUACGUGACAUACAGUUUACAAAUGUAUGGGCCCCUUUCAAGGGCUACACUUACUCACACACAAUAAAAUAUAACUGAACAUAUAUUGAGCUCCAAGAGUAUUGUCUCCGAAAUACAUGUACCACGUAUUUGAUAUUGAUAUCAGUUUUAAGUAGUGGUUCUACCAAGCUGACAAUGCUGCCUCAAAUAUUACACAGAGAAAACCAAAACGAAACUUAAUGAAAGCGUUAUUAUUAUUUUUUUACAGGGCAUUUUUCAGUUGGAAGUAGUUUUCACCCUUCCACCGGAAUAGGGUUAAAAAUUGAACGAUUCACCGGCAUCUUCAUUUUGUGCGAGCCGAAUCUUUCCAUGGAAAUCCAAUAACAACAUGGCGACUUCUAUGAUGAUUUUGACUGAGUACAAUAUGAAAACUUUAGGAGAAACAAAGUAACUUGAUGUGGACCCAGUGACAAAAAUUUGUCACAACACACCGAAGCGCUAUGGCAUCUCAUUCAAAUAGUCCUGACUCUUAUAAUGAGAAACUAGAUCCAAAUGACAUAUCUCGUGACGAAAGAGAUGUUGAAUCUUCGGAGGUGCCAAAAGUGAGCAGCACCACUCCAUUCACCUCACACCACUCGGGAACUUUUGACACAGGUACCACGGAAGUAUCCGAGCCAGACAGUAUGUUCGGAGACAGGGAGUCCACUGAGCAUGAUGCAGAUGAUGUUGAUGCCAACCCAGACUACCACAGAGACCCAGGUGAAGUGAACAUUCACCAGUUUUUCCCGGUCUUGGACCAUACUUUCAAUGUCACCCAGACCCCAAAGUCCGGCCGGACGGAUAAAGAUAUGCUUGUUGCCAUUGUGGAAGAAGAUUCCAGAUCAGAGCAAACAGGAGAUGGGUCUUUUGAGAGCAGAUCUGAGUUCCGUGGCACAGGACAGUCAUUCAAAGAAUUUGAAAGGAGUCCGUCUGAUGAGAUGCAGGUGGAUGGAGGAGCAGAAGAAAGCAGCGGAUUCUCUGGGCAGCAUGAUGAAAUGUUUUGUUCAGUUGAAGAACAGAGUGGCAUGUUCUCAACGGCUGUGGAUGAGAGCUCCAUCGAGGCGGCCAAGCAGCGUAGCCAAGGUCUCUUCUCUUCAGAGAACUGGCAAGGGAAUCAGAGACAGCGCCAUGUUGGCUUGGUGCGGAUUGUGACACAGAGAGCCUACGAGCAGCAACACUUUGUUAUUACGACGUGAAAGACGCCCUCAUCCUUGACCCUGACCACUCUGAGGGCAAGGUCAUGAUGGCUGCUGUUGUGUCCAGGGCAAACAACAACAAACUCCAGGCGAUGCAGCUGAAUAUUGCCGGCAAAAACCGUGAGGCUUUACAGAAAAUAUCCACGGCCAUUGAGACAAACCCCUCAGUGGCUGAUUUCCAUGUUCUCAGGAAGCGGAGGGCAAGUUUACUUUGGCGAUCCAGUAUAACCCGCAGGUCGGUCAGUACUACAUAUCUAGGUCAAGGGCACGGUACAUGAACGAGGACAUGGUGGGAGCCCGCGAGGACCUGCUGGUGGGCCUGCUGUUGGCGCCGACCAAUGAGGACGUCAUGUCUAUCCUGUCGCGUCUGUUCCCUGGCAAGUCUGUGGCAGACGUCAUCAGCAGUCCGGCAGCGCACGCCGCUCGCGUGCAGCUCAACAACCUGGUGGCCACCAACUCUCCAGUCAGACUCAACCCCAUCGGUCCCAGCAGUACUCUGGACACGGAGUAUUACAGUGAGGCCGCGGCGGGGAACCUGGAAGAGGCGGGGGUGGGGGCGUCGGUGGGGGCGGGGGUGGGGGCGUCGGUCGGCUGGGAGCAGGCGGCCUCCACAUCCAGCUUUGCCAUGUGUAUGGGAGAACAAGAGUUCUAUGCUGAGCAGGUGAAGGAGAAGAGAAAGGUUGAACUCCAAGUGAAGGAUGCACUCCUCAACAGAAAAACUCUUCGUUACAACGGGGCUCGCAUCCAGCCCUUGCCUCCGCCAACAUCCAAGCCUCGCUAUGGAACUUACCGAGGUCAGCGACAAAUUCUGACCACGAUGGGAGAGAAGAAGAAAAACAAAAGCAGCACAAACUGGAAAACUUUUAGUCUGGGACUGGGCGGUCUACAGAAUGUGUAAAUGUGAAGCCUGCUGACAAAAUGAGUUACUUCUUGAAUUCAAGCCUUUAUAUGGAAAUAUAUACGUCACAUGUAUAGGUGAAGUUGUUACAAUUUAUAAGUAUGAAAUAAUAAAAGGCAUGUUAUAGUUAAAGAAUAUGACAUCAAUAGAGAAAUUCUACAAAUUUGACCCUAUUGUCGAUUUUUGGCCAAUAUCUCCAUUUGUGGAUUGUGAGACGUACCUCAUUUGUCAGCACGCCUCUCAUAUAGUAUUAUUAGUUCUAAUAGAAUGUAAUAGAGCCCCCUUACACACAGACCGUGGGUUUAAAUCUGAAAACAGUGGUAAACCGAAAAAAAAAAAAA